AGUCACCUGAUCAAUUCCUGAUAAGAGAUUUGAGAUUCCCUCCUAUAUAGGCUAUCAGUCCGAGUAGAAGAAGACACAUUUGCUGUGGACUGACUCUAUGAUGGCAAUUAGGUUAGCUGUCUGUACCCUUUUUGGGGGGCUCUUCUCCUUUAUAAUAGAGGGUGCAGUGAUCAGCCAUGAGAAUGGAUGUGUAGUCAACGGGGUCACUUACAAGGAAGGGGAACGCGUAAAUAAGAACCCAUGUUCCCCCUGCACGUGUAGUCAAGGCAGGAUGAUGUGCAUGGCCAUUGAUUGUGCUCCUCCGAUGUGCGUCAACCCUGUACGGAAACCAAACCAUUGCUGUGGGACUUGUCCAGAUGGAAACAACUGUAAAUAUAAGGACGUGGUCAUCAAGUCGGGGGAUACGUACCAUCCUGACACCAACACCGUGUGCAGCUGUUCUACUGACUUCUCGUAUCUGUUCGGCCCACAUGGACACGAAGCAUUGUGUGUGCAUAAGUUAACUGGCUUCACUGGCUCCGUGUAGUUACAUUCAUCUUACUGUCUUAGAACCGUACCACAUCGAUGGUUAAAUAGAAAGUGUGUGUUACAUCAACUAACUACUUGCUAUUAUAUUCUUAAUAAUUCGCUGCGUACUGCUA